AGAAACGAUCGUGCAACGAUGGUUCUUUAUUCCCCGCGACUCGACCGGAAAGGAAAUCGGAGGAACAGAAGGAAGCGAAAAGGCAGCAUCGCCCGGAGAACCACGGGAGACACGACUAACGCAAAUGCGGGCAACAUGGAUUCGCACGUUGGUCUGGACUACAUCGUGGACAACCCCGAUUACUGCGUAAAACUCGCGUCAGCUCUGGACACCGCCUGCCCAUCGGUGAAGAAACAAGUGGUGGAUCUGCUCUCGGCGCUUUGCGUUUACAGCCAGGAUGGAAGGCAGAGGGCCAUCGACACCCUUCACGCGUAUCAGGAACGCAAGGGCGAGCGAUACAGAUUGCGGAUCGUGGUCGACGAGCUUCGAAAGGCCACCGGAGAGGAUUACCGGACGGGGCUGCUGGCUUUCAUAAACUGCUUGGUGAUCUCCACGCCGGUGCUCAAGGAUCGCAUACGGAUCCGCAACGAGUUUAUUGGCCUGAAGCUCCUCCCGAUCCUGAACGAGCUGCGCCUAUGCGGAGCGCCGGAUCUGAGGGUCCAGCUCGACGUGUUCGACGACCAGCGGGAGGCCGACGAGGAGCUGUCGAACCACGGCCCGCCGGGGAUCGAUCUGUCCUCUCACGUGGACGUGUUCUACGCGAUUCUCGGACAAAUCGCGGACACCCCGCAGGAAAUACCGUUCCUCAGCGUUCUUCAGCAUCUGCUGCGGCUGGACCCGAAAGACCCCGCCAGCGACCUGGCAUGGGACACGGCGGAGACGCUGGUGCAUAGAGCGACGCUUUUAGAAAACCGAGAAGACGCCACGAAGUUGCUGCGAUCGCCCAGCCUCCAGACGAAUCUGUGCUGUCAUUGUAGAGGUAACGAACAAUCGUGCGGGACGUCCCGAAAGGCGUCGCUGCCGGUGAGCAGUCCGGCAACGGUGACGGCGACGGCGGCGCCGGCGUCGACGGCCGUGCCGUCCUCGUCGCCCUUGCCACCUCACGCGAGGCUGCUGCCGCAGCAGGAGAUACCCACCCCCAAGGCGAAGAUGAAGACCAUCAACUGGAACAAGAUACCGAAUCAUAAAGUAAUCGGCAAGCGAAACAUUUGGUCCCUGGUCGCGGACGAACACCAAAACUCCCCCAUGGCGGACAUAGACUGGGCAGAGAUGGAGGGACUCUUCUGCCAGCAAGUGCCGCCGAUGCUUCCGGCUAGUUCCUCCUGCUCCGCCAAUUACGGGGUCAACUCCGACGCGGAGAAACGGCGACGAGAACCGACCGAGAUCGCUCUGCUGGACGGUAAGAGGAGCUUGAACGUCAACAUAUUUCUGAAGCAAUUCCGAAGUUCGAACGAAGACAUUAUCCAGCUGAUCAGGGAAGGCGGCCACGAUGACAUCGGCGCAGAGAAGCUGCGCGGCCUUCUGAAGAUCCUGCCCGAGGUGGACGAGCUGGAGAUGCUCAAGAGCUUCGACGGGGACAAGUCGAAGCUCGGAAACGCCGAGAAGUUUUUCCUGCAGCUCGUCCAAGUGCCGAACUACAAGCUGCGCAUAGAGUGCAUGCUGCUGAAGGAAGAAUUCGCCGCCAACAUGGGCUACCUAGAGCCGAGCAUCAAUUCGAUGAUCCUAGCCGGCGAGGACCUGAUGACGAACAAGCCGCUCCAGGAGGUGCUGUACAUGGUCCUGGUAGCUGGGAACUUCCUGAAUUCGGGCGGUUACGCUGGGAACGCAGCCGGGGUGAAGCUGUCCUCGCUGCAGAAGCUGACCGAAAUCCGGGCGAACAAGCCGGGAAUGAACCUCAUCCACUACGUGGCUCUGCAAGCCGAGAGGAAGCGGAAGGACCUGCUGGACUUCGCGAAGAGCAUGAACGCGCUGGAAGCCGCGACCAAGACCACCACGGAACAGUUGAGCAACGAGUUCAACGCUCUCGACACGAAGAUCAAGAAGAUCAAGGCGCAGAUUCAACUGCCGUCCACGGAGAUCGACAUACAGGAGCAAAUGGCUCAGUUCCUACAGAUGGCGGAGCAAGAGAUGAGCCAGCUGAAGCGGGACAUGGAGGAGCUCGAGACUCUGAGGCGGUCGCUCGCGGAGUUCUUCUGCGAGGACGUGAACGCGUUCAAGAUCGAGGAGUGCUUGAAGGUGUUCCAUCAGUUUUGCCAAAAGUUCAAUCAGGCUGUCGCGGAGAACGAGAGGCGGAGGAUCCAGGAGGAGCAAGUGCUGGCCAGGCGCAAGCAACGGGAGGAGCAGCUGCUGGCCAAAAAGCGAUUACUCACGAAUCAAAUGGAGACGCCAGCCUCUGAAUCCGAGUCGAACUUACUCGAUUACGGUCUCUUUGAUCUCCAUACCGGUUUGCCUCAGAGAAAUUACAAUCGUAACGAUGCCAAGAUGAAGAGAUUGCAAAACGGAGGAGUGACGUCGGACGAGGAUGUCUCGAUCGCCGGAUCGCCGAGCAUACGACGACGUUUGGGUUCCUGUUCCGGUGGAACCGUCGACCAACAGUCUACCAAAGAAGAUUCUACCUAUUCACCAGACGUGACGCCGAACGGUACUCUACGGCGUCGCAGGAGCCGGAUACCGUGCGAGGACGACGAUGGCAAUUUGAUGGACUUCCUGAGGACCUCGGGACAAGACAACGCUCGCGAGAGGAAGUCCUGGGGUAGUUUAGACCGAUCGUGGGCUCGGCGAGCGCGAGGCCAGUCUCGCAGGAGCGACCUGCUGACGGCUGACUUCUCCACUGACAGAGAGAGGCCGAGCUCCCCUUCACCUUUGGUCGAAAACAAGCCGUUCUUGCAAGAAGAAGAGGAAACGAAGCCUGCAGGAAAAGCGUGGCGACAGAAGAUCGAGGCGUGGCUGUCGGAGAACGAGAAAGAAGAUCGCGCGGGCGAACAGCUUCAAAGGAAAGCGCGACAAUUGCACCAGGCGAAUCGACGGUCCUUCGAAGACUCGGAAAGCGAAGGCAAAACGAACACCCCGACCGAAACUAGUUCGACGCACGACCCAUGCUCUCGGAUAUACGACUGGCGACCGUCGGUCGAGAAGACGGACGUGAUGCGCACGAUGGAAGCCAUAGAAGAAGCCGAAACCCAUCCUUCGCAAAAGGAUAAAUCUCCCUGGAGGAAAUCCAGCUUGAACGUGCAGAACAGCAUGGAGGAAACCGACCCCCGAUACUCGCGUAGAUUAAGAUCGCGACUUGGCGGUACAGAGAAUGCUCUGACCUCCGGCACCUUGCAGUCGAUCAAAGAGGAAGACAGAAAGAAGAGCAGACCGAGCGACCCCGUGAACUUGGACAAUCCAGACGAGCUGACGAUCUACCUGCGUGAACCGUACGGCAGCUCCCAAGCGUCCGGAUCGCGGAGAUUCACGAAAUACAAGAAGGCUCCCGAAGAGGAGAGGAUCAGUGACAAAAUAGAGAUCGACUCGGACAACAUCGAGACGCCGCCGGCGACGAGGAAGCUGUUCAGUCCGCCGAAGGAAGUGAAGCCGGUGGAAAAGGAACCGUGCAAGAGGGAACGUUGCAACGGUUCCUUCCAGAGUCGCAACGAUGCUAGGAACGCAGCUGCGAAAACUACCAGCGCAGCCAGCACCGCCAACAGCAGCUCUAACAGCAACAGCGGUGAUUUUGGCACCGGUAACUUCGAUCGGUACUCGGCAACGAGGAGGACGCGAAGGUACAAGAAGGUGCAGGACUCGGAGAAGGAGUCGAAGCAGGACGCAGCUGCGGCGUCGGAGGAGAAACCGGUUGUCCAGCGGCCGCACACGUUGCUGCUGUCGGAGCAGGCAGCCCUGGACGUCGGCCCGGGCGCCGAGCAGCGCGCCGAUCACGACGCGGACGAGGAUUCGAUGCUGCGCGGCUGGCAGGAGAAACUGAAGCGGCGCGAGGCGGUGUCCUCGUUCGACAUCGACGCCGCGCUCGCGGACAUCGCCAGAUCGGGCGAGGACCUCCAGCGACUGUCGCGGCCGAUCGCGUUCACGCGCCGAAACUCGAGGCUGCCCGUCAGCCAGCCGCCGCCGGUGUUGGCGGUGACCAACACGGUGCUGAGUCCCGUGAUGCAGGAGUCCAGGCCGAGGGAGCCCUCGCUGGCCGUCCUCGCGGAGAGGGCGGUGACCAGCCGCGAACGCCAGAGGAGCAUGAUCGAUCCCAGCCAAGUGAAGGAGGCGAUCAGGCUGACCAGCAACCCGCCCAGCGAGGUGAACCAAACUCGAACCGGCGCGACGCAGCCGCCGCGCGAGCGGAGCCAGCUGGCCGAUCCGCACAGGCGAUCCACGAUGGAGGACAGCGGCGAGGACAGGACCGACUCGAACGAUCCGAACUGUCGACCGGUGGACGCCGAGGUCUACGAGACCUCCGCGGCCGAGGACGGGAAACGAGCGACGCCUCGAACGGAGAUCGGAAUCGUGCCGCAGCCGGUGAACGACAGCCGCGUCUUCCGCGGGAGAUACGUGCCCGAGAUAAACGUCACGUCCAGUGCUCUGGUCGCGUCCUCUCCCGGCAAAGGUCGGGACCAAGACAUGAACGACGAGGGUUUCGAGGAGUCUCAGAGUUUAGUCUCGGAGACGUUGAGCCAGGAGACGUCCUCCGGCAAUUACGAGACGGACACGCACGAUUCGACGCGUUGCUCGCCGGCGGAGCUGCAUUUCUCCGCGAAUGAGCCCGUUCACGCGCGCAUCGCUCCCGGCGGAGAGGAAAUGAAAGGCGGCGCGAAGAAGUCGAUGGAUCAGACGUUCGGCUCGUCGAUCAAGGGAUUCGCGAAGCGUACGGGCUCGACGAGGAGCACGGCCGAGAGGUCCAGCUUCCUGCCGAAGAGGACCAACAGCCUGAAACGCGACGGACUGAAUGCGAACGCGGGAUUCGUUGGAUCGAACGGUCAGCCUAGGAACGAAGUGGAGAGGUCAGGAUCCAGGAGCAGCUUGCGCAGCUCUAGGAGUUCAUUGAACAGCGCCACCUCGGUGAACACCGUGAGGAACUUGGUGCCGAAUCACGCUCGGCUUCGGACUUACACGUCCGCGAUCCGAGCGUUGACCAACGAUCUUCGUAAAAGUCCGUCGAGCACGCCUCUGCCGCCGAAGAAUCUUGAGAAGCGUCGCGCGAAUCCUCGCUCGACUGUUACCAGGAUACCCGCCAGCAGGAGCAGCAGCAGCGGAAGCAGCGUGGGCCCGGCUGCGGUUAACGUUAGAACUGCGAGGAGGUCUCUUGGGACGUCGAGCGACGCGCCGAAGGGGAACAAAGGACGGACAAACGGCUCGCUCGGCAGCAACGCCAGCAACAAUGGAAGCGGCACGCAACGGUCAUUGCUUCCAUUGGAUCGGUCGAACGUGGAGAAAAUACCGGCUACGAGGAGCAAGUUGAUUCACCCUCGAGCCAGCACGAAAAGCCACGGUUUCAUGAGACCGACCGCCGCGAGCGUGAACAAGGGCUCCAAUCCGAAUCUUCCCAGGAGUAUCAAAGGUUUGGUCAAGUGAUCGCUAUCAGCCACGCGUAACACAGUUUUUAUCCAACGUGACAGGAACUUGCGCGGCCCACCAACGAAUCGACUGAUCUACAUUACAAUUCGCUCCCACUACGUCAGGUUGUCCCAUACAUUUCCUACUCAAUGACAAAGUCUGUAGAUGUUUUGGAAAAACGGCAUUGCGAGGCUGCCAUAAAGAUGGAGGAGAGUAACAAACGAAAAUGGAUCAUAUAUAAUUCAAUAAUAAUGUGAGAAUAAAACGAAAGGAACUUAUGGGACAAGCUGAUACGUAUGAGCCGUUCAUAGGUCGAACAGACUAACUCCGUUUACUCGAAUCACUUGGAAGAAUGGCGCAGCGUUUAAUCGACACAUUGCUAACGGAAUCUUAUUUAUUUCAUUUAGUUUCUCUAUUUCUCGUUUGGUGGACUUAAUCGCUUUGGCAAACGAAUGGCUCGCACAGCGAUACGUCAACGAUCGUUACCCGGUCACCUACGGAUUUAGGGCAAAUUUCUUUUACGCGAACGAUAGUCAAACGAAACGCCUUCGCCGUUGUCAAAAAGAGAUAGACGAUAGAACGUCGCGUCGUCGUUUAUAAUCAUACACCUUCGGGCCAACACUUUUAAUCGUAUUAACACAAGAUGCGCGACGGCAUCGCGCGUACCAUUAAUAUGAUUAUAAUAAUUCCUUCCAGUCUCUUAGGACGCAUUUACAACUAUGUAAUAUAUGUAUAAGUGUACUAACUAAACGUGUACGACGUAUGUAAGUUUCACGGCCGGCGGCACGCAAGCUGUGAGCCAUGACGAUCGUUAGUAAAUUAACGAAUUGAAUAAACGUAAUUUAAUUUUUGUUCGAAGCGAGAUUUCCUUCUAUCGGGUGUCGUCUGUCGAGACGCGCGUCGGGCCGUGGUAAGUGACGUCAGAACGAACAGAGAAAUUCCUCGUGCGAUCACGCUCUCUCUCUCUCUCUGGUUUCAUCGUUUAUCGUUAUAUUAGCAAACAACGGAUAUCUACAUACAAUAUGUUACACAACGUAAACGCAAAGAGUGUUUCCCGACACGCUCGCGAGUUUCUCACGCGAAAGCGAAACCGAACGAAGAGCUCGCGUGAACAAUUAAAUAUAAAUACUAAUACUAUUUAUAUGAUCCUCGGUGUAACGGUGAAUAGUCUUCAACGAGAGUCUGUAAACGAAUGUUCGAGAGUAUCCUAAACGGAUCGGACCACGGAAACCAACGGAGGAGACAAAGGAGGAACGUCCACGUCGUUUACGCAUUCUCUGUACGGUCACGGAAGCCCAGAGACACCGGACUCUCCGGCGCAAGAAUAAACUCGAACUGCAAACCGAGCUCUUCCUCCACGACAAUCUCGAAUUCCCGGAUGAUCUAGGGAACAGAAGAUUCGUGAUACACAUUGGAGCAAUUAUGGUGCCACUUGGGUCACAAGCGUAAUAGAACUUUGGUUGUCCAAAGUAAUUGGAACCAAGGUGGUUAGGAUAAUCAAAGGGUACAGCUAGCCAAACUAAUUGGGAUCAAAGUAGUUAGGAUAAUGAAAGAGUAUAGUAGAACAUCAGUUCUCCAAACUAAUAGGGAUCAAAGUAGUUAGGAUAAUCAGAGAGUAAAAGUAGAACAUUAGUUAUCCAAAUUAAUUGGGAUCAAAGUAGUUAAGAUAAUCAAAGAGUACAGUAGAACAUCAGUUCUCCAAACUAAUAGGG